CUCUUUUCUUUCCCAACCUUAACCUUUUGUAGGGGUUUUAAAGUUAAAUAGAAUGUUCAAAAUGCUACUCAUGAGUUCAAGUGAUCCCACAUUCAUAUGUACAACAACAAAACCCCAAAGAUUAAACUCACUAGAACACCAUGUCAUCCACCAGAAUUCGAUAUCACCGACGACAUUUUCAUUGUACUCGUCGAGUUCACCAAGUAAUACAUCUCAAAAGAUCACCAAGAAAUCACCAGCGAGUGAUUUAGUCGCUAUUUCUUACUCACACCAUAAGAGUUCACCAAAUACUCAUCAUACACAUUGUGUGGUUCCUUAUAUAGCCUUGGAUGAGGAUGGUACCGGUGGAGGGAUGGACGGUGGGAGGAGCUGCAAAGGUGGAAAUAGUGAUGCUGAUUAUCAUGAGAAAGACGGUAUAGACGUUUAUUAUCAGAAUAUGAUUGAUGCCAACCCAGGGAACUCUUUGAUUCUUGGCAAUUAUGCUAAGUACCUCAAAGAGGUACAAGGUGAUUUUACAAAAGCUAAGGAAUACUGCAACAGAUCGAUAAUUGCUAAUCCAAGCGACGGAAAUGUGUUGUCGAUGUAUGCUGAUUUGAUUUGGGAGACACAAAAUGAUGCAGUGAGUGCACAGAGUUACUUUGAACAAGCAGUUAGAGCUUCUCCUCAUGACUGUCAUGUUUGGGCUUCUUUUGCUGGGUUUCUUUGGGAUGCUGAAUGAAAAGGUGCAAAUAACACAGCUGUUUGACCUUGGAUCCAUAACUUUGGUGUAAUUUAGAUUAUAGGUACUAAUAAUUUACAAUGUACAUUUUUUUUUUUAUAUCAGAGUAAAAAUUUUGAAUUAGAUUUUAAGUAAUUGAUGGGCGCAUUUCUUUUGUAUCAA